GAGAGAGAGAGAGAGAGAGUGGAGAGAGCGGGAGACUGACAGGCGUCACUGAAACUAGAUGAACCGAAGAGUCGAUAUGAGCGGUCAGUUUGAGGAAGAUAUCCACGACCGGGGCGAGAGGAAGAGCAGUAAAUCCCCGACGCUGCUCUCCUCUUACUGCAUAGACAGCAUUCUGGGCCGCCGGAGUCCCUGUAAGGUCAGACUGAUAGGGGCGCAAAGUUUGACGGGUCUGCCCGGCAGAGUGGAGCUCGACAAAACGGCUGACAGGCCAACGAAAGACCCCCUUUCUCUGAGCGCCGACAUGCACCUGCCACCUAAGCUCCGCCGGCUGUACGGAGCCGGGGGGAAGUACCUCCACGAGCACGCGGAGACGCUGGAGAGGGAGCGGCUCCUCAUGGAGCAAGCCGGCGACAGCCUCAAAAUCAGCCACGCGCCGCAGGUGAGCAUCAGCCGCAGCAAGUCCUACCGGGAGAACGCGUCGCUGAACCGGGGAGAGGGCGACCAGAGCCCCGGGGAGGGCUCGGAGGACGGCAGCCUGGGACUGGUGGAGCUCGGCCCGUUGAAGUUCGAGGAGGACGCAGGGAAGGAGGAGGAGAUGAGCAGCGGGGACGCGGCCGCGCUGUCCCCGAAGGACGAAGAGAGGGAGAGCUUGAACGCCGGGGAUGGGGACGUGAGGGACGGGGAGGACAGCGUGUGUCUGUCGGCCGGCAGUGACUCGGAGGAAGGAAUGCUGAAACGGAAGCAGAGAAGAUACAGGACUACCUUCACCAGUUACCAGCUGGAGGAGCUGGAGAGGGCUUUCCAGAAGACACACUACCCAGACGUCUUCACCAGAGAAGAGCUCGCGAUGCGUCUGGAUCUUACCGAGGCCCGUGUUCAAGUGUGGUUUCAGAACCGCAGGGCCAAGUGGAGGAAGCGCGAGAAGGCCGGGGUGCAGGCCCACCCGUCAGGCAUGCCGUUCCCAGGCCCCCUGUCAGCGGGCCACCCUCUCAGCCACUACCUGGACGGGGGGCCCUUCCCUCCUCACCACCACCCGUCCCUCGAGUCCGCCUGGACAGCUGCUGCAGCUGCAGCCGCCGCCUUCCCGGGCCUGGCCCCCCAACACCACAACGGCUCCGCUCCGCCACUGGCCACCCCCCUCGGCCUGGGCACUUUCCUGGGCACGGCUGCCAUGUUUCGCCACCCCGCCUUCAUUGGACCCACUUUUGGCAGGCUCUUCUCCAGUAUGGGUCACCUCUCCAGUGCUUCCACCGCUGCAGCUCUCCUCCGUCAGCCCGCCCCUCCUGUAGAGAACCCCUCCCACGCGGGCCCAGUCCUCCCUGACCCUUCCUCCUCCUCCCCCUCAUCCGCAGCCGCAGCGGACCGCAGGGCCUCCAGUAUCGCCGCGCUGCGCCUCAAGGCCAAGGAACACUCGGCUCAGCUCACCCAGCUGAACAUCCUGCCUACCGGAGCCUCAGGAAAGGAGGUGUGCUGAACACACAACACCUCUAGGCCUCCCCGUCCCGGGCUCACGUCCCAUUCCAUG